CAAUCUGUCCCAAAGUGUAUUUGGCUCAGCGUCUCUGCUUCCUUCCCCAGACCUGAGGAAAGAUCUCUGCGUAGCUUGAAAGCUUGUACCUUCCACCAACAGAGGUUGGUCCAAUAAAAGAUGCCUACCUUGACUCUCUCAUGAGAAAUUUGAGGCAUUCACAGGCCCUGGCUGGUCUGCAGCCGUUGUCGGCAAUAGUCCUCUACACACCCGCUGUUGUGCACACUCUGAUCACUAAUACUGCAACUGACUAUGUCCAGUUGCAAGUGCCAGUUAUUCAGCAGUUGUACCAUUGGGACUGUGGGCUAGCCUCCUCCAGGAUGGCACUGCAGUACCUGAAUCGUUUGAAUGAUGAGGAAUUUCAGAAAGCCAUCCGGGAACUCCGGUUAACAAAGAGUAUCUGGACCAUUGACUUGGCCUACCUAAUGCGGCACUUUGGUGUUAAGCAUAGGUUCUGCACACAGACACUUGGAGUGGACAAGGGCUAUAAAAAUCAGUCGUUCUACAGGAAACAUUUUGACACGGAAGAGAACAGAGUGAACCAGCUGUUCGCCCAGGCCAAAGCCAGCAAGGUGCUGGUGGAGAAGUGCACAGUGACUGUCCAGGACAUUCAGGAGCACCUGUCCCAAGGUCAUGUAGCCAUUGUCCUGGUGAAUGCAGUCUUGUUGCUGUGUGAACUUUGCUCAAGUCCCGUCAAAUAUUGCUGUUUCCUCCCUAUUGGCCAGAAGUGCUUCUGCAGGAAUCCUGACUACCAGGGUCAUUUCAUUGUGUUGUGUGGCUACAACAAAGCCUCAGGGAGUGUCUACUACAACAACCCUGCCUAUGCUGACCGAACAUGCAGCACCAGCAUCAGUAACUUUGAGGAAGCCAGGACAAGUUACGGCACAGAUGAGGAUAUCCUGUUUAUCUACACGGACAGCUGACAUCCAAGAUUGCUGCUUUGUCAUUUCUGGCGCAGUCUGCCCAGCACCUGCAUGGCAGCUGGCUGCUUGUCUCAGGACUCUUACUGCAGAGACUUAACUCCUGAUUUGCAGUGGGAUCUUAAACAAGGGAUGCUUUAUAGACAUUCAGACAUUUAUAUUGCAGUGUUGUCUUCAUCUUUUUAUUCCUGAUGAUGAAAUAUCUGAUGUUGCAAUAUCUAACACACACACACACACACACUUUAAUUUUAAUGUUGCACAUUUGAGAGCAGUUUCAAAAUGCAAUCCCCUCAGAGUCCGACACUUACAGUUGGCUGUGAGCUUGUUUCUGAAUUAAAGACUUGAAAUAAAACACACCAAGUACACGAAUUUAGUCUACACGUGGGAAUUUGUGCACAGGUUCAGCUACAUGAAGCAAGAAAAGAAAGAGGAAAUACACGUUGGUUUGCCUUCAAAACUGCCAGAGCUGAUCUUCACUCUAGAUUUAGUUAUUUAAUGGUCAGAAGGGUGUAGAUAGGAUAAAUGAUUAACCUGACCCAUGAUUAUUUUUUUUCAAGGAAGAAAAUGACUUGUCAGCUGUUGACAUACUGUGGCAGAUUCUAUCAGCAUUGCCUGCAUAAUGGGAAUGAAAUACCACUUACAAAGCAAGCUUCUUGUGUAAACCCAGCUUGACUGCUCUCACCACAUGUACCUGGGAAUUGAGUUUGCAGUUUGAUCUUAUUGUCAGCGGAGGACCAGUCUUCCUGCUAAGGGCUAUAGGCUACUCCUUCCAAGUAGUAAGCACCUAGUGUCAUUUUGCCUACCGAGUUAUCUUGCAUGAGUUAAAACGUCUCUAGGAAUGGCUUGGCCAAAGUUCUGUGUUGUCCCAAAAGGCUGACUGGUGACAUUUUAUUUGGGCCUAAGAAAUUUUAAGUCUGUGUGCAAAGGCUUGGAAACAUCUUUCUACCCACUACACCACGCCCAUACCCACACCCACAACGUUCUGCAGUAUCCAGGGAUCAAGUCUAGGUACAGUUUUUAAACUGUUGAUUAAGCAAAUACACUAAGUAGUCACCCAAGCACUGAGGGUUUAUGCCUUGUGUGCAGAGGGUUGUUUUAAAUGUCUGGCAGGAGAGAACAGAUUUUGCGCGAAGCCUGUAUUGUAAUUUGAGGUUAAACAUUUGUUGUUGAGAUUUAUUGAGGAAUUUCCCAGGAACAGAUACUGCCAGUAGCCUGGCUCAGAACUCUGCUUCUAAUUGAGAAGGCAGGGAGAACAAACUUCUCUUGGCUGAAGUCCAAAGAUGUUAUAGCAGGAGCCCAGACUUUCUACCUCUUCUCACUCUACAGCUGUGUUCUGGAAUAAGCAGCAGGGUCCUCACUGCAUUCUGAUGCUUUAAGCUAAACUGUAAGAUUGCAGCAGGCUGUGUGCAGCCCCUUUAACAUAUUAUCUGGGAUCACCUGCCUGGCAGAGAAGCACUGAAGUGUAGGACAUAAUUCAGCUUUGACCUUACACUUACUACGAAUUUUGACUCCCAGUCUCAUCGCGUCUUGAAAUUUAGCUUUAUGACUUUAACUACAAUAGAAAUGUGCUUGGUUUUAUACUUAGCCUUUUCAGCUGAGGAUUCAGAUAAUGUACAAUUGACUUAAAGUCACACUGGCAAAUACUUUGGGCCCAAAAUCUGGUCUACUCUAAAAUUAUAACUGGUUUGAACUCACCUCCAAAUUCCAAAAUGAUUUUAAAAACAAAAGAAAAAAUGUUGCUAUCUAUGUAAGCACUGUAACAUGAUAUGUUUUGUACCUAGACAACCAGCUGGAGAUGACACAUCUUAAACCCAUUGCCUAAAGCUGUAAUCCCUGAUGGUGCGGAUAGUAAAUAAAAGGCACCCUUUCUGGUGAAAACAGUACAGGGAGUCAGUGUUUAGCAAUACCCUAAAGGAUAAAAGUUGUAAGGAAAAACAUUUUCUAAUCUAGGUGGCUUGCAAACACUGGAGAGUACCCAAAAAGUACUUGAUGGGGUAUGUUCAAUACAAUCUAGAGUGCUCCUUUCUUCAGUGCCUGAAAUACAGUGGCAGGUGAGUAGAAAUGCAGUUCCUUUGCAAAAUCUGAAAAACGAGUUUGAUGGAAAUGUGUUUUCAAUCAGAACUCAUUUACAGCAGGUGUGGCUGGAAUGCACUUGGGCACCUGCUGCAUGUGAAGAUGGCUGGGAAUUAGGAUACAAGUUAUUGGCAGACAGAACA